CGAGCAAGAAAAACGAGCACGAAGGCUCGCAAAAUGCAGGUACGCGACCGUACGCCCUCACUGACCGUCCCUGCCUCGCCGUUCCCGCUCCUAGUGCCCGUGCCAGCAGGCGUAUCGACGAACACGAAGCUCGUCGUGCGCUCUGCUGGCCACGACGAUGGCAAUUCCUCUUUCCAGGACGACCCAUGUGUUGUGCCCGCUGUUACACACGGCAACACGGCGGACGCACAGCGCUGCACGUCUGACGUGUCCGUUUACUUGCUACUGUCUGCGCCAGCAGAGGUACCAAUGAGCAAGAAGCCCGUGGUACGUGCUGCUGGCCACGAAGACGGUGUUUCCAUCUUCCGGGACGACCUCAUGGUCGUACCCAACGUUUCGCAUGGCAACACGUCGGACGAUCGCUGCACGUCCGACGUGCCCCAUCUUCCUAUGAACCGCCGCACGGAGGGUACGUCGAGCAUACAGCUCGAUGUACACACUGUGGACGAGAGCAACUCCCCGCCCGGUGUACUGGCGAACGUACCCGGCGCGCUCGUCGACCCCUCAUGCGCAAGUGAUGGUUCCGUGGUGCGCCUCACGACCGUGCACCCGGUACACACGUCACCAGCCGCAGUGCCCGCGUCGGAAGGCAACACAACGACCAAUGAGUGCAUUGUGUGCCUCUCCGUUGUCAAGAACGGGAUGCUGGGCCCAUGCAGCAGCACGGCCAUUGUGCCUGCUGCCCCCACUUCGCGAGACAACACGUCUGGAGAGUCUCCGAGUUCUACCAGGCCGUCUCCCCCUUUUCUUGUGCCACCGCACGCAGCGGAUACGCCGAGCUCGUCGCUCGAUGUGUCCCCCAGGACUUUCUUGUGGAUGUGCAGGAAGCACGCAAGUCUGUGCUCGCCGCCCUCCACCAUAUCCAUAACUCAUAUAGUGAUGCGCCUGGGGAACUUCUUGGUUCUGCCGGACCGUCCUAUUCUUCCUCUAUGCCCUUUCGUGCUCUGUGCACGUCGAGCCCUCCGCUCGAUGUGCUCACGGCCGACUUCCGGGGCGUGCGCGACACAUCCACAAGCGUGCUCGCCGCGACCCCUCAAGCUUCCGUCUUGAUGCAGACGUGUCCGGUGUCCACACCGACGCAUGGUACAACGAGCACCGAGCUCGCUGCACCCAGUGUUGGCGACCUUAAGGCUUACGGAGCUGCUGAAUCCACUCGACGGCCUGGUUAACGAGCCCAGCGCCGUCACGACGCACGACGUGUUCGGUGUGCUACCCAGCACGACCGACGCAUCUUUCAAUCCUACUACGACACCUGCUUCUCGCGAGGAGAGUACACCGAGCUCGAGGCUCGACGUACUACCCGCUGAUGAGCCUGAUAACAUGCGCGAUGCACUCUCUAAUGUGCUCGCUGCAUAUUCCAUACUGGAGGAGGGGGAAGGGACACCCCACGGGUUUAUUUUCGAGUCUUAUGACACGAGACAUGCAGGUACGAUGCGGAGGUCUCUGAUCGACGUGCAGAGAAGCACGU